AUGGACAUAAGCAAUCUUUCGGCUGGCGAGUUUCUAACGUCAUUGCAGGUGGCUGUCAAUGGAUUUGGCGCUGUUUGUAAGAGCACCUCCUUAUGCAUUCUCCUGUGGCGUAUGGAUAAGGUAAAAGAGUUGAUGGACCAAUUGGAUAAAUGCUGGCGCACUGAUGGUGAACGUCAGAAGAUACAUAAUAUGGUGGCUCUUUGCAAUUAUAUAUUAGUAUUAUUUGGCAUAGUUUACUUUGGCUAUACACAGGCUACGUUCUUGUCUUAUACGCUAAAUGGCAAACCACCAUGGUCGGUAUACAAUCCAUUUUUUGACUGGCGUAUUGGAAAGCUUGAAUUCUGGACACAGGCUUUGUUGGAAGAGACAACAAUGUCCUUUGCGGCAGUACAAAAUCUAGUUAGUGACACGUAUACGCUUUUGUUUUUGAUAAUUAUGCGUACUCAUUAUGGUCUGCUCAAGGGCCAUGUGGAGAGACUGCGCAGAGAUUUAUCUAAAACGGAGUCUGAAAACUACGAUGAUCUUGUCAGUUGUAUCUUGGAACAUAAAUUAAUACUUAGUUGCUGCCAAAGUAUGCGUCCUAUAAUUUCAGCAACGAUAUUUGUGCAAUUUUUGUUGGUUGGCAUUAUUUUGGGCAUAACUCUGGUCAACAUAUUCUUUUUCUCGACUUUUUGGGAGGCUGUGUCCUCAUUUGUGUAUCUCGUUGCCGUGCUCAUGGAAACAUUUCCGUUUUGUUAUAUUUGCAAUAUGUUUAUCGACGAUUGCUAUGAUAUGUCAAAUGCUAUAUUUACUUCAAAUUGGAUGGAUGCUGAGCCACGAUAUAAAUCCACAUUGAUAUUUUUUAUGACCAACACCCAGCGACCUUUUAUGUUCACAGCAGGUGGCAUUUUUCCCAUAACUGUGCAGAGCAAUGUGGUUUUUGCCAAGUUUGCAUUCAGCAUUAUCACCAUAGUGCAGCAAUUCGAUUUGGGUUCAAAGCUUCAAUGAGUUUUGAUUUUAAAGUGUUGAAAUCUAAUAUAUCACAAAUGAAAUUGCCCACUUGCACUAUA